AUGGAGCCACUACCACCAACAGAAGCCAUGAGCGAACUCUCCAUCACUUCACAUCCUCAAUCAAAGUCAGAGUCAGAGUCCAUGUCCGAGCAGAUGUCAGGAAUCAAGAGAGAUCACAAUGGCGUCAAGAAGGAAAAAGAGGUGAAUGCGUCACCCUUUAUGCCCAUGUUCGAGGCUUUCCGAGACGAGCUUGACGAGCACCAUGAUCGCAGAGAGAGGAUCAUUAAAGCUUCACGAGACAUCACAGCAGCGAACAUCCCACCCAAGAUUGCCUUGGAGACCGCAGAGCGCUACACAGCGAUGCAGAAACAGUUCUCGGCCAUCGCGGCAGAUCUCACAGGCAUCAACGCCUGGCGCUACCAGCGGCAGAUCUCAGGCGGGAUCCAGGAAUACAUGGAAGCUGUUUCGUUCGAGCAUUAUCUGAAGCACCAACGUCUCAUUACCAUCUCGGAAGCAGCAGGGACUUUACAGGAGGGUAUUGAGCUGACUGGUGAUGAUUAUGUGCUUGGACUGUUUGAUCUGGUGGGGGAACUGAUGCGCUUUGCUAUUACGGCUAUGGCUACUACUGGGUCUUUGCCUGGAGGAGGAGGUGAUGGGGGGAGAAGGGAUGUUCUUGUUGAUUUGAGGGAGUUGAGGACGUGUUUUCAGGCGCUGGAUACGGGGUCUUGUGGGGGGACGGGGUUGGGGAAGGAUGUGGAGAAGAAGAUGGAGGUUAUGAAGACGUGUGUGGAGAAGGUUGAGAGUGCGGUUUAUGGCUUGAUUAUUAGGGGGGAGGGAAAGGCCGAAGGGUUGGGUUCCGGGUAUUGCUGA